AUGCUAUCAUCGAACCAACAAACAGUAUCGGCACCUGGUCUAAUUGGUGACACUCGAGGGGCCCCAAAGGCACUUGAGGUGUUUACCAUUGGCACCAGUGACCUUUCCGCACCUCUCCGAAUCGCACAGUUGUUACAGUGUUCAGGAGCUGAUCCAAUCCUUUGGACUGGCACUGAACUAACGCGUUCAACUUCGGCUGGGAGUUUUCGUCUAUAUAAAGACGCAAGUUGUAAUUUUGGUAUUUGGGUGCCGAACUCGCAGGCUUUCUACUCGAACGGUAUCCCUCCAAAUAUUCUUGCUCCGGAUACCUCAUCUGGACAGGCAUUUGGUGGGUCCCGUCGAGAUGGAGCCGAGCCGGUUCGACGCAACCAGGGAUACCGUAGCGGAUCUGACUAUCGACGUGCCGACAGAGUCCUUAAUAACUCGGGUCAGCAACGUCGACAGAGUCCUUAA